UGGAGGAGAAGAACCGGGAACGAGAACUUAAGGCUGCUGCAGACAGUGUCUUAUCUGAAGUACGGAAGAAACAAGCAGACACAAAGAGGAUGGUAGACAUCCUGCGCGCAUUAGAAAAGCUUCGGAAACUGAGAAAAGAGGCCGCUGGCAGGAAAGGUGUUUGUCCCCCCCUCUCGGCAGACGAAGCAUUUGAAAAUCAGGUGGAGAGUCUCAAAACAUUGCUCAAAAAUCGCACAGAGCUGUAUGAAGCUGAGGAGAGAGCAUUAAGAGUUAUGUUGGAGGGAGAACAGGAAGAGGAAAGGAAGAGAGAAAUGGAAAAGAAACAGAAGAAGGAAAGGGAAAAACUACUACAGCAGAAACUCGAAAUUGAUUCCAAGCUGUUUGGGGAUCCAGAUGAAUUUCCUUUAGCCCAUGUAUUGCAGCCCUUCAGAGAAUAUUACUUACAAGCUGAGCAUUCUGUAGCAGCUCUAAUCCAGAUCAGGCAUGAAUGGGAUCAGUACUUGGUGCCAGCUGAUCACCCUGAAGGAAGCUGCAUCCCUCCAGGAUGGGUUCUUCCGAGUCUCCCCACAAAUGACACGUGGGCCACUGCUGUCAGAUAAUUUAGUAAUAAAUUAUUUUAAUGUUGGAGGAAUGUUUCAUUAUAAUUGUGUGUGUAAAUAUGAGAGGGUCCAAAGAGGAAGUCUCAUUCUCUGUUUCGGUAGCCAGGUACUGGAAUGUCUUGAAGGAAAGCGUAAGAACUGGUUUUGCCGUCUGACUCUGCAGGGAAAGACCUGAGCAAGCCCAAAGCUGCUAGGCCUCUUGUGGUAUGGAAUUACAAUCCCGCUGCGAGUUUUAGUUAACAAAUCUCAAUCUUAAUAACGAAACAUUGCUGA